AUCGUUCUGCUCACAUUUGCCCAAGUUUAUCUCUCUCUCUGAAAUCUGUAUAUAUCUGUAUACAAAUAUUUGAACUCAACAUUAUAUACAUACAUAACUCAGCAAAUCCUAAAUCUCCUAUACAGUGUCUUAGUACUCAUCAAUGUCACUUAAAAUGCAUAAUCAGAGCUUGGUAUCUUCGAGCUCUUCCAACUCAUGGUUUUCACAAAAACCAACCAGACCUCAUUUUUUCAACAAAAGAGUAGCUGACUUAGAUCACCAAGUAUCUGGACAUGGCUAUUCAAGGAAGAGAUACCAUAUAAAGUUUUCUUUGUUUGCGGAUGAUAGUCUGAGUCUUAACAGCAGACUGGCUACUUUUGAAAUACACUCUUUAAAAAUGUGUAAGCCGAAAAGGAUGAGAACUUUGUUACCCUUUGCUUCAGCAGAUGACAAUGUGACUUUUAAUGGGAGUUCCCAACCAAGCACUAGUAGUGAUGUAGAUAAUAUGACACUGCAAUUUAAUCAGACAUUGCAAGGUGAAGUUUAUAGUACUGGACUCGUCCAAACACUACAUGAUGCUUCAAGGCUAUUUGAGUUGGCAAUCAAACAAAAGAGCUCUGAGUCAAAAACUUCCUGGUUCUCAACUGCCUGGCUUGGUGUAGAUAGAAAUUCCUGGCUGAAGGCACUUUCUUAUCAGGCUUCGGUGUAUUCCUUACUGCAAGCAGGAUGUGAGAUUUCAUCCCGUGGAGAUGGAAGAGACAGAGACAUUAAUGUCUUUGUCCAGAGAAGUUUAUUACGACAAUGUGCGCCUUUAGAGAUUGAAAUUAGAGAGAAAAUGCUAGCCAAACAACCUGAUGCUUAUGACUGGUUUUGGUCUGAACAAAUUCCAGCAGUAGUGACCAGUUUUGUAAAUUAUUUUGAGAAGGAUCAAAGCUUCAUUGCCGCUACUACAGUGUGGGGCAAAGAUAUUUCUCUGGAUGCAGGGCGUGCAAUUGACAAAUCUUUGCUCAUGCUUGCACUGAGCUGCAUUGCGGCAAUUACAAAACUUGGACCAACUAAAGUUUCUUGUGCACAGUUCUUCUCUAUUAUUCCUGAUGUAACUGGUAGAUUGAUGGACAUGCUCAUUGAAUUUAUACCCAUACGCAAAGCUUAUCAUUCUGUAAAAGAUAUCGGUUUACGGAGAGAAUUUUUGGUCCAUUUGGGUCCUCGGGCUGCUGCAUCCAGAGUGAAAAAUGAUGGGAGAACUGAAGAGGUUGCAUUCUGGGUGAGUCUCCUUCAGAAGCAGCUACUUCGAGCUAUCAAUAGGGAGAGAGUAUGGUCGAAACUUAGAACAUCUGAAACUACUGAGGUGUUAGAAAGGGAUUUGGCUAUAUUUGGGUUCUUUAUUGCUUUGGGAAGAAGUACACAGUCCUUCCUCUAUGCCAGUGGCUUUGAGGUGGUAGAUGAACCUAUGAAAGGAUUCAUAAGGCACCUUAUUGGUGGAAGUUUGUUAUAUUAUCCAGAGCUCUCAUCUAUAAGUUCUUAUCAGUUGUAUGUGGAGGUUGUUUGUGAAGAGCUAGAUUGGAUUCCAUUUUAUCCUGUUAAUAAAGAUGCCUCUAAAGGCUUCCAUGGCGACAGAAGUAAACGAGAAGGGCCUCCGAAUGCUGAAGCUAUUCCCCUGGUAUUAGAAGUUUGUUCGCACUGGAUACAGAGUUUUAUUAAAUACAGUAUGUGGCUGGAGAACCCCUCUAAUGUUAAAGCGGCAAGAUUUCUUUCCAGAGGGCACAAAAUGUUAAGGGGAUGUAUGGAAGAACUAGGGAUACAAAACAGGAAACAAUUGACGGAAAGCACUCUGAAGAAAUCUCUUAUGGGUACUAGAUCUGGGAGAGGGCUAGAUUCUUUUGAUAAGGCAUUAGAAAGUGUUGAAGAUGCUAUGAUAAGGUUAGAAGAACUGCUCCAGGAGUUACAUGUUUCAAGCAAUAGUUCUAGAAAAGAGCAUUUAAAAGCUGCUUGUUCUGACCUAGAAAGGAUGCGAAAACUAAAAAAAGAGGCUGAAUUUCUUGAGGCUUCUUUUAGAGCAAAGGCAGAUUCCCUUCAACAUGUGGAUGAUCUUUAUUUCCAAGAUACUUUCAGUAGGGGCGUUGCAGAGCCAGAGUCAGAUGAGAUACAACGUUUUGAGCUUCUGAGAAAUGAGCUUAUGGAACUUGAGAAAAGAGUUCAAGAUCAAUCUGACAAUGAAGAGGAGGCAAACAAAAUGACAACCAACUCUGCUGGUUUUGCUAAGGACGCUAUAGGGACUGGAUUGGUUAAGGCUCAAAAAGAAAACAUUAUUAAAAAAUCGCUGGAUAAGAUAAAAGAAACAAGUACUAAUGUAUUGCAAGGGACUCGGCUUCUAGCUAUUGAUGUUGCUGCUGCAUCAGGAUUACUUAGAAGACUCCUUAUAGGGGAUGAAUUGACAGAGAAAGAAAAGCAAGCACUACGAAGAACUUUGACUGACGUAGUGUCAGUAGUUCCAAUAGGUUUUCUGAUGCUGCUUCCUGUUACUGCAGUUGGGCAUGCAGCAAUGUUGGCUGCAAUUCAAAGAUAUGUACCGGCACUGAUUCCGUCUACAUAUGGAGCAGAGAGGUUAGAUCUCUUGAGGCAGCUUGAGAAGGUAAAGGAAAUGGAAACCACUGAAGGAAAAUUGGUUGAGGAUGCAAAUGAAUAGUUAAAAAAGAAUAUACACUUAUAUUGCUCAUAGUUCUAUGAGUUUCCUCAAGAAUGGACUCCUUGGUCAAAUCAUCAUUUCUCAGAAGUCAAUUGACAAAAGAUGAGCAUAAAGAAGUUCAUUCCAAGUGUCUAGCAGUUCAGAUAGGCACUAGCAUUAGUGUGGUUGCAGAGCAUCGACAGAAGUCCCGGCUUCUGGAUGGCAUGAAGGGUGACCGUCUUUCCUAAACUGACAUAAUUUUGAUGUCAAAAGGUUUCGCAUUUUUGCAUUCCAAGAACAAGCACGCCUGGUAUUAACAAUCCAAUCUGACUACUAAAAGACUCCAAAAUAUGGCCUCCUUGACCAUUUGACCUUCACCAUUUAACGGAUGAAAUAUACACUUUGCAACGUCUGACGAAAUUUUCAUUACUACUAGGCAAUCAAUAUGAAAUGUACAGGAAAACAAAUUUUGCAUGUGUUUGUCACCUGACAACGUAUGUUGUUUUUUAAAUGUAAAUAUAUUUUGUACUAAUAAUCUCUAUUACUGCGACUUACAGAAAUUAAAUACUCUCUCAGUGUA